UUACAUUUUACAUUCGGCCAGUCCGCCAACUCGCGUCUGGCGGAGAGCGCGUUCGCGAUUCAAAUUUUCGCGCUAGUAUGUAAAAAGUUGAUAAAAAACUAAAUUAAGAAGAAAAAAACGUAUACCUAGACCAGUAAUUGUUCAUGAUUGGUUAAUUUUCAGUGAAAAUACGUAGUAGUUUUCAGGAGUUCUGAAGUAUUUUAUUUAUUAAUCGAGGUAUACAUAUAUAAUAAAUGAAAUAAAUAUGAUGGCCACAGACAAUCCAAAGUUGCUGCUAGUUUUAGGAACAGCAAUUAUAUCAAUCGUCGGUGCUAUAGUACCAGUGUCAUCCAAUGACAAUUUAUUCGAGACUUUUGGAAAGAAAUCUCCGAUAUGCUGUGAAGGGGGUUUGUAUCCUCGGGAGUCCCUCACGAGAGAACUGAAAAGCCUGGAUGGCAUUUGGAAUUUUAGGUUAUCACCUCCAAGUGAUCCGUUGUAUGGAUUUUUGAAUGGAUGGUAUCUACAGGAUUUAGAGAGAACAGGGCCGGUAAUUCCAAUGCCAGUGCCGUCGUCAUACAAUGACGUCGGGACAGACGAAAGCCUCCGAGACCACACGGGCGUAGUCUGGUACGACCGCCGCUUCUACGCACCGCAGUCCUGGGAGAAUCAGCAACGGGUGUGGCUCAGGUUCGCUAGCGUGCAUUAUCAGGCCAAAGUGUUUCUGAACGGUGUCCAAGUCGUCUCCCAUGAAAUCGGCCACCUGCCCUUCCAAGUGGAAGUCACGGAGCGGAUCCUCUAUAACAGCACCAACCUCCUCACAGUUGCUGUGGACAAUACUUUGACUCUUAGCACAAUACCACAAGAAAAUGGGUAUGACUUCUUCAACUAUGCCGGAAUACAUCGGCCCGUGAUUUUGUACACCACGCCCCUUCUAUACAUCGAUGAUAUUAUCGUCAACACCGACGUGCAAGGUUACACCGGAAUCAUCACUUAUAACUUGACAUUAAGAGGGUCAAUCGACGAAGAGGUCACGUGCCAGGUGGUGAUCUUUGACAGGAACAAGAAGCAAGUGAGUGCUGCGAGGAACUGCAGCGGAGUGAUGGACAUACCGCAAGCGCAUCUUUGGUGGCCGUACCUUAUGCACGAUGAUCCGGGAUAUUUGUAUACGUUUACGGCUGCACUAGUGAAUUCUCACGGCGAGUUGGUCGACCUUUACAGCGAGAAGAUUGGCAUCAGAACCAUCAGAUGGACCAACACUUCGGUAUAUCUCAAUGAUAAGCCUUUGUACAUGCGGGGUUUCGGCAUGCACGAAGAUUCAGAUUUCCGAGGCAAAGGCUGGGACCCAGUCCUAUGGGUGAAGAAUAUGAACCUCAUCAAAUGGGUUGGAGCUAACACGUUCCGCACCUCCCACUACCCUUACGCCGAAGAGAUCUACCAGCUGGCUGACGAACAUGGCAUCAUGAUCAUUGAUGAGUGUCCCAGCGUUAAUGCAAUCUUAUACUCAGAAGUAUUGCUGGAAAAGCACAAACAAUCGCUAACGGAGCUUAUCCGCCGCGACAAGAACCAUCCGAGCGUGAUCAUGUGGUCGAUCGCCAACGAGCCGGUGAGCGACAAGGCUAACUGCGACCAAUACUUCAAAAAUGUGGUGCUGCAUGUGAAAUCGAUGGAUGUGUCUAGACCUGUGACUUACGCGCUAGCUAACCCUAAGGAUAUAGCCGGAAAGCACUUAGACGUGAUCAGUUUCAAUCGUUAUAAUGGCUGGUACGUCGACCCGGGCAACAUGGAGAACAUCGCUCAGAGAGUGGAGCUGGAGGCGCGGCAGUGGCACCAGAAGUAUAACCGUUCGGUGCUCAUGUCCGAGUACGGAGCUGACACCCUACCAGGCAUGCAUUAUUUACCCACGUUCAUGUGGUCAGAAGACUACCAAGUAGCGUUGAUGUCAGAACACUUCAAAGCAUUCGACAAGUUACGAAAGAGUGGCUUCUUCAUCGGAGAAUUCAUAUGGAACUUCGCAGACUUCCAAACCAAACAAGGUACAAGGCUGAGCAUCACUCGGGCAGGAGGCAACAAGAAGGGCAUAUUCACUCGCUCGCGUCAACCCAAAGCAUCAGCACACUUGCUGCGCUCGCGCUACCUCGCGGUGGCGGCCGCGGACGCGGGGCUCGACCCCCCGCCCCCCGCGCUCUACGUCAGCGACAACACCCCUGCAACACAUAACGAACUCUAGCUGCAACACAUAACGAACUCUAGUCUAUGGCAGUCCGAGUUGCUACUUUAAUGUAAAAGUUAAUAUCCUGGUCCUGACUGAGCAGCCUCGCGAGGCAUGGGGCAAGACAAGGCCUCGGUCGGUCAAGUCAGAAAGUGUCUCGCUCGAGGCAACAUACUGUGCUCAAGCCUCGCGAAGCUCAUGAAUCAGUCGGGGCCAUAGUAGGUAUCCAUACUUUAAGAUUCUCCUGUAACGAUAAAUAAUUCCAAAAAGAGCAGAGUUAUGGAAUGCUACCUGCAUCCUAUAAUUGUCUAGAAAACUGCUCCAUUGGGAAUUUCUAGGUUAUUGGAAGCCUCUCCGGUGAUUAUUAUUAACUCUCUGCCGAAGCUUUACUUCGAUGGAAAUUUUGGAGUAAAACCCGUGUACCAAAUUUCAUUAAAUCUUGUUGUGUUCAUUAAAAUCAUCAAGGCUGAAAGAGGGCAAAUCGUACAAACGUCCUAAUUUUUGCAUUUAUUAUUAUUCUACAUUAGUAAUAACACCUACCAUAGUUGUAGUAAUUUGUUAAGCAAGUGAUUAAAAAAAGGAGGCAAAAAUUAGGCACGGUAAUAAAGUUGAGUCAGUCUAUAGGAAUAUUGAGAAUGAUGUUGACCAAUUUAUAAUUAAGUAGGUACAUAAACCACCUAAAAACCUGUAAAUACUUAUGUAAUUCAUCAAGUAUAUUUUUAUUCACGAAAAUGACUGUAGGUAGGUAGAUACAAGUUUGUUGGAUCGAAGACUAAUACUAUAUCAAUGAUGAAGUUGAAUAGAGUAGGUUAGAUAUAUAUCCACUCAAUUCAAUUUUAUCUUUGAAUUUGAAAGUUUAGUUACCAAAACGUAGUAUGUAAGAAGUAUUACAUAUUACAUUAAUUACUAUCAUACAUACAAAACUUGACUAGAUUGACAUAGUACAAUAAUGUACCUUCCUUGCUGAUCAUACACAAAUAUUAUCGACGUUUUGUUAAGUUCAUAAUAUUAUAACUGCUAAGACUGGAAUUGCUGUUGUCUUUAGAAUUUAUUUUUAUUAAUGCUGAUUGGUAGAUAUAAAAUGUUUUUAGUUUGUAAGCUUAUGGACAGAUAGACAGCCUCAAAAAUGAAUAAGUAUAUAUUGUAAGUAUGUAAUUACAGAGUAAUCUUAGUGUUCUAUCAAAUUACACUUGAAUUUCGUGAAUACAUAAUAAAUAAUAUUUAAGUAAAA